AUGGAACGAAGGCCUCUUAAUUUGGAAGCAUUAUGGUUGCAUUGCACAUGCUUACUCGGUAUUAGUUCCUUUGGUGCGUCUCUUGAAACUGAUUGGAAGGCUCUACAUUUAGAGGACGACGCGAUCUAUGGCCACAUGUCGAAACCAAAUCUCAGGAUCUUAGAAGAAAAGGAAGUUGUGUCACAUUUCCAAAAAACUGCAACCCGCAACGAUGAUGGCCGAUUUGUUCUUCAAUUACCAAUCAAGGCAAAUGCUAAUAAAUUAGAAGACAGUGUAACAAUGGCAACAUCGCGCUUUAUGAGUGUGGAAAGACGAAUACAAAAAGAUCCGUACUUACACACAGAAUACAUUAAGUUUAUGCAAGAAUACUUAGAAAUGGGUCACAUUCAGGAAGUUUGUAGUGAAUUAUCUAUUCCUUUAAAUGCAUACUAUUUGCCACAUCGCGCAGUUCAAAAGACCUCAAGUCUAACUAAAAAGGUGAGGGUUAUUUUUUAUGCUUCUGCCAGAUCUUCUUCAGGUAUAUCACUAAACGAUAUAUUAAUGCGUGGUCCUUCAGUCCAGGAAGAGUUGUUUGAGAUAUUGAUUCGGUUUAGAAGGCACCAGCAUGUAAUAACAUCAGACAUUGAAUAA